GUUGGAUAAGCGCAGCAGGUCAUUCAGUGCCAACAGCUCCGUUCCAUUCUUCCUCUCGCUAUGAGUGUCGCGGGGGCGUAUGCGCUGUUGCUGUCGGCAACAAUGCAUGGAGUCGAUGCGUGGGUGAUGCGGACAGUGACGUCUUAUCAGGCGCGCGUGGAGACGUACGCUCCGGUUUGGGACGACGACAACCAGGUGUUCGUGUCGGGAAUCCCGAAUUCUGUGUCUUCCGGUGGAAAUCUCACUUUUAACGAGCGAUAUCGAGCCACAAUGGACUCCGUCACCACAUCUAGCAUCGAGGGAGCGCUCAUGUACUUGCAACGAGACUGUAUCGACCGUGGCGCCGACCCGACGGACGAAUCGGUGAACUGUCAGCGUAAGAACAACGUGAGCGUCAUCACGUUCCUAGAGGUGCAAAUUGUGCAAACCAACGCUGCAUUGGCCGAGUAUCAGGAGCAGAAAUACAUGUACCCCGAAUUCUGCCCGUUUGUGAUGAUGGAGGAUGGAGAAUGUGUCUAUGCCGACGUACAGAACAAUGGAGAUGCGAGCUCUGAAAGUGGCUCCAGUCGACAACAUCCGCCAGAAUGCAAACAGUUCAACGGACUUGAUGGACAGCCACAUAUUGGACCGUGUGUGGGAGCUCAAGCAUUUGCAGCGGAUAUGGUGGCGCCGUAUUAUGAUACGGUUUGGUUCUCGUACCCGAAUAGUUGCGUGACGUCGAGCUGGAAAACUGGGAAGAGCGACACGUGUCGAGAACAAUAUCCGGGUGGACUGUGCUCGUUUGGAACAGACCCUGAUGGAGUGAAGUGCACAUUUUCAUAUAAAAUUUUGGGCUAUCUGUCGAUUGAUCAAUUAGUGGGGAUCACAGCGAUUAAUGCUACUGACAGUACAAGCUCAAACUCGUCUGCAUCGUCGAGCUCGUCAGCGAUUGACAACGUCCAGAAAGCCUCGAGCAAGUAUUAUAAGAACUACAACGCAUUCUGCGAGGCUGGUAACGUGGAAUUCCAUUCGUAUGAUCAAGACAAAACACUUGGAUUAAAGAACGUGAGCAGCAUUCCUUUCUGGGAAAACCCGUCUUCGCUCGAGGCCAAUAUUGCACGUACGCAACAGAUGAUCGCGCUUUAUAACGCACUGGCGGACGAGUCGACGAAUCACAUGCAGAAAUUGCCCACCGAUCUGGAUGCGCUUCGUGAAGCAAACCCUCCUUGCUAUGAGAAUGCUGAAGUCUGCUACAAGGCCCAGUUCGGCUGCAGGCGGCAUUCCUACGCGCAGGUUUGUUCAGUUUGUCGAGGUCAACGAGAUCUCUGUGUUCGGCAAAUUUCAUCCUAUACAUUCCCAGAGCUCGAGAAGGCGUCGCGAACGGUGUCUGAUAACGAGCUCCGUAGCGGUAUCUUUGCCACCCUGGCGACGCAAAUCGCUGCUACCUCGAGUACCAGCGGCAGCACGAGUGGCGCAGCACCCAUUCAUGCCGGUGUGGAUACAUUUGCGUUGGUGUUGCAGGGAUGUAGUCUCCUUCUCUUGAUCUGGCCAGCGCUUCGAUGAGCACCUGGCUGCUGUAACUUUCAGAAAUAUUAAUGUGUAUAACUAACAAAACAUUCACAAUUUGCUA